AUGAGUUCAAAUUUGCCGGACACCUCAGCAGUCAAUGGCCAUCAAAACGGCAACGAUAUGACAACACAACAUCAAGCGGCGUCGAAUGCAUCGCCUGUUUUCCUAGACACCCAGCCAGGCCCCGAUCACAACUGGAAAAUUACUCUGGAAGGCAAGGUCAUUUGCAUCACUGGUGCCAACCGGGGCAUCGGCCUAGCCCUCGCAGAGGUCUGCUUAGCCAACGAUGCCGCCGACGUUUUCAGCCUAGACAUCUUCGAGCCCGGAGAAGAGUUUGCUGCUCUACAAAAAGCCAACCCAAAUAAACUACAUUACGUCCGCUGUGAUGUCACUUCUGAGGAGAGCAUUACCUCCGCAAUUGAUGCUGUUAUCGCGGCACGAGGUGCUAUCCAUGGUUUCAUCGCGAAUGCUGGCAUGACGAAGCACCAGCCAGCCCUCGACUUCAGCCGCGCCCAAUUGGACCAGCUAUUCAAUCUCAACGUAUUUGGUGCCUACUUCUGCGCCACGACUGUUGCUCGUCGGUUCAUUGAUCUGAAAAUUAAAGGAUCAAUCGUCUUCACUGCUUCUAUGACGUCCUAUCGCCCUAACCGCGCAGCACCUUCGGCUCCAUAUGGGGCGACAAAAGGAGCGGUGCGAAAUAUGACACACACACUUGCAAUGGAAUGGGCUAAGCAUGGUAUCCGCGUGAACUCAAUUUCGCCUGGCUUUAUCAAGACUGCCAUGACCUAUUUCGUGGAUCAAGCUCCAGACUGGGAUCUCAAGAUGCAAUACUAUGGCGGCAUGCCCAGGUUGGCCGAUCCCAAAGAACUUGGCGGAGCUUACGUAUACCUGCUCUCCGACAGUGCCUCAUAUACCACUGGCAUUGAUAUUCCGGUGGCUGGAAUUGUUGGUGCUUGGUAG